CUGGCAACAAUGUCAUUAACCAAAAAGAAGAAAACACGUUAAACUUGACGUGGACUAAAGUAGCUGGCUCACUGUAGUGAAGUUAAAUUUAUAAGAUUUUAAUUAUUCCACCCUGUUUAAAGCGCAGUGAUACUAUAAAAUAAAUAUUCUAGAUGUUAGCUUGUUGAAAGAAAAUGAUUUUAAACAUAAAAAUGUUUGGGGUGUUAAGUGUGUUUCUGUUACCAUUACUUUUAAGUCAAGAAACGGAAGCCGCGGCUGUAAUAUCCAUUGAUUUGGGUUCAGAAUGGAUGAAGGUCGGUAUUGUGUCUCCUGGAGUUCCUAUGGAGAUUGUGCUAAAUAAGGAGUCAAAGAGGAAGACACCAGCUGUUGUGGCAUUUAGGGAUGAUGUGAGAACUUUCGGUGAAGACGCUGUCACUGUUGGCGUGAGAUUCCCGAAGAAUUCUUAUAAGUAUUUGCUGGAUCUACUUGGAAAGCCUUUUGACCACCCAUUGGUGCAAGCUUACAGAGAGAGAUACCCAUACUACGAGAUGGUUGCAUCAGACCGAGGCACACCUCUGUUCAUUCAUGAUGACAAGACAAAGUUUACUCCUGAGGAGCUGGUAGCACAACUUUUGGCCAAGGCUAAAGAUUUUGCUGAAAUCAGUCAUGGUCAAACAAUCACAGAGUGUGUAAUCACAGUGCCGGGUUACUUCAACCAGGCUGAACGUCGCGCUCUGAAGGACGCCGCUGCGCUCGCCGGCCUCAAUGUGCUGCAACUCAUCAAUGAUUACACUGCUAUUGCUAUUAACUACGGCAUAUUCAGGAGGAAGGAAAUCAAUGAGACAGCAUGGCAUGCUCUGUUCUUCGAUAUGGGUGCGGCCUCCACGAAGGCGGCACUGGUCGAGUACAAGACUGUCAAGAUAAAGGAGAAGGGUUAUGUUGAGACUGUACCUCAGUUACAAGUAUUGGGUGUUGGAUUUGAUAGAACUUUGGGAGGUCAUGAAAUGACCCUACGUCUCCGGGAGCACCUCAUCAAAGCUUGGGAAGCGAAUGGAGGUGGUGAUGUAAGGAAGUCCCCUAGAGCGAUGGAGAAACUGCUCUUAGAAGCGGAGAGGCUUAAGAUCAUUCUAUCAGCCAACACAGAAUUCUAUGCACAGAUUGAGAGCCUACUUGAUGAUAAGGACUUCAAACAACUGGUGACCAGAGCAGAAUUCGAGGAGCUAUGCUCAGACCUGUGGGAGCGUGUAUCAGGAGUAGUACAGCGCGCUAUAGCGGCCGCGGGUGGGGCUGGCGCAGGUGCUCGCCUCGUCCUCGCUGGUGGCGGGUCCCGUGUACCCGCUGCACUCAAAGCUCUCACUGAUGCCGUUGGACACGACCCUGCUCGCUCUAUUAACGCUGAUGAAGCUGCCACCAUGGGUGCUGUUUACAGGGCGGCCUCUCUUGCUACCGGUUACAAAGUAGCGCCUCUGAACGUGCGUGACGCUGUUCUGUUCCCCAUCCAAGUAACUUUCACUAGGAACAUCGACGGUAACGACAAACUGAUUAAGAGGACUCUGUUCGGCCCCAUGAAUCCUUACCCACAAAAGAAGGUUAUCACUUUCAAUAAACACACAGACGAUUUCGACUUCCACGUCAACUAUGCUGAAUUAGACCAUAUUCCUUCCAAUGAACUCCAAUACGUUGGUACCUUGAACCUUAGCCAGGUUGUUCUUAACGGUGUUGGUGCGGCUCUGGCUAAACACACCGGCGAAAAUGUAGAACACAAGGGAAUCAAAGCACAUUUCAAUUUGGAUGAUUCUGGCAUACUUAACUUAGUCAAUGUCGAAUUUGUUGCUGAAAAAACUGUAGCUGAGGACGAAGAUCAAGACAGCACAUUAUCUAAAAUUGGAAGCACUAUCAGCAAGCUCUUCGGAUCUGAUGCCGAAACUCCCGAGAAGGCUGAAGAUAAAUCUGAGGAGAAACCACAAGAGGAAGAGGCUAACAAAGAAAAGAAAGAAGAAGACGCCAAGAAAGUAAACCAAACAGAGGGCGAAAAGCAAAACGCAACCGAACCCGAAGCUAAACCCAAACCUAAACUCGUCGUACUUAAGGAACCUAUUAAAUCUCAGGAGACACUUCUUAACCUGCAACCAUUGUCUCCUGAACAGUUCAAGAACUCAAAGGCUAAGAUUACUGAGCUGAACACCAUUGAUAGGAAACGCAUCGAAAGAGAAACUGCUCUCAACAAUCUGGAGGCGUUUGUAGUAGACGCUCAAAUGAAGAUGGACAUGGAUGAGUACUCUGAAUGUGGAACUGCAGAACAGAUUGAAGAAAUUAAGAAACUGUGUAGUGAAACCUCUGAAUGGUUAUACGAGGAUGGCUACGAUGCGGCCACAGAAAUGUUCGAAGCCAAGUUAGCCACUCUGAAGGAUAAGACCAGCCCAAUCUUCUACAAACAUUGGGAGCACAGGGAGAGACCCGACGCUAUUUCGGCCCUCCGUAGCAUGUUGAACAGCUCUCGGGAAUUCCUCAAAAUGGCAAAGAACUUCACCAAAGACGCUAACCCAGAGAAAGAUGUAUUCACAGAUGUGGAAAUAAACUUAUUAGAGAAGAAGAUCGAUGAGACUACAACUUGGCUCAGCACUUCUAUUAAGGAACAAAAGGCUCUCAAAAAGAACGAGGAUAUCAAGUUGACUGUAGAGAGUAUCAGGGAAAAAAUGGCGAGCUUAGAUAGGGAGAUGAAGUACUUAUUGAAUAAGAUGAAGAUAUGGCGACCUAAGAAACCGGUUAAGAAGGAAUCUGAAAAUAAAACUGAAGAGACUGUUAUUGAGCAGAAUGCUGAGUCGGAGGCUGGAGAAGAGAAACAGGAGAAAGUAGGAGAGACACAAGAAGAGGCUCCAGCGACAGAAAAAGUUGAAAGUGAGAGUGAGACUACAGAACCACCGCUGCAACUGUCCGACGGCCAAGACGAACAUUCCGAGUUAUAAUCACCGCGUGAAGUAACUUAAUGUAUUAGUUUAAUUUAUUUUUUAUUUAAUUGACUGUGUGGCUUGUUUGUUUUGUUGUAUGUGUGGUGUUACUAAGUAACAUGUAAAUUUUUGCAUUUAAAUCUUUAGUCCAUCC